AUGAAAACCUCUCUCCGACGGUUGCGAGGUGCGCUUCACAAGCACGAUUCUAAAGACCGAAGAGAUCUUCGAGCUCUGGUUCAGAAUGACGAGCUAGCCCAGGCUUCGCAGGACGUGCAAGACAUGAGAGAUUGCUAUGAUAGCUUGCUCUCUGCUGCGGCUGCCACUGCGAAUAGUGCAUAUGAAUUUUCUGAAUCUUUGCGAGAACUAGGUGCUUGUCUUCUUGAGAAAACUGCUCUAAAUGAUGACGAAGAAAGUGGUAGAGUGUUACUUAUGCUGGGAAAAUUACAGUUUGAAAUACAAAAACUUGUUGAUAAAUAUAGGUCUCAUAUAUUCCAAACAAUCACAAUCCCCUCCGAAUCACUUCUUAAUGAACUCCGCAUAGUUGAGGAAAUGAUGCGGCUUUGUGAUGAGAAAAGGAAUAUUUAUGAAGGCAUGCGUACAAGACAGAGAGAGAAAGGGAAGUCGAAGGGUGGGAAAGGAGAAACUUUUUCGACGCAGCAAUUACAAGAAGCUCAAGAGGAAUAUGAUAAUGAGACAACUUUAUUUGUUUUUCGUCUAAAAUCCCUGAAACAAGGCCAAACACGAAGUCUUCUGACUCAGGCGGCAAGGCACCAUGCAGCACAGUUAUGCUUCUUCAAGAAGGCUCUUAAUUCCCUUGAAGAAGUCGAGCCACAUGUACAGAUGGUAACCGAGUCGCAGCAUAUUGAUUAUCAUUUUAGUGGAUUAGAAGAUGACGAUGAGGAAAUAGAAAACAAUGAAGAAGAUAGUUCUGAGGUGCAUGAUGAUGGAGAAUUGAGUUUUGAAUAUAGAGUGAAUGAAAAGGACCAAGAUGCGGAUUCUUCAACUGAUAGCUCCUCACAGUUUGGUCAGUCUGACAUCACAUUUCCACUGGUGCCACUACCAGAUAUUGCACAGGAAAAUGAGGAAGGAAACUAUAGGAAAUCUCAUUCGUUUAGGAGAGAUUUUAGACCAGGGAGCCAAUCAGCACCACUUUUUCCUGAGAACCACACAACUCCGACUUCAGAGAAACUGUUACGGAUGCGAUCAUCUUUGACACGGAAAUUUAACACUUAUGUAUUGCCAACACCUGUGGGAACAACAAGAAGUCCCACAUCGAUUACAAGUCCGGGUAACAAAAACAUAGCUUCCUCUCAUCCUGCAAAGGCAAUUACCAGAAAGAUUUGGUACUCAUCCCCACUGGAAACUCCCGGACCGGCAAAGGUUUCUUCUAGAUCAAUUGUAGCCUUGAAAGGACAAGUCCUGAGAGAGAGUAACAAGAAUACGUCUUCUCGGUUGCCUCCGCCUUUAGCAGAUGGACUCUUGUACUCACGUCUGGGGACACUCAAGAGGCGAUCCUUUUCUGGUCCACUAACAAGUAAACCAUUACCUAACAAGCCUCUCUCUUCAACACCUCGCUUAUACUCGGGUCCAAUCUCAAGGAAUCCAGUUUCCAAGUUACCAAAAGUGUCAUCGUCUCCAACAGCUUCUCCUACUUUUGUAUCAACCCCAAAAAUAAGCGAGCUCCAUGAGCUUCCUAGACCACCACCAAGUAGCUCUAUUCAGUCCUCCAGAGCAUUUGGAUAUUCAGCUCCUUUGGUUUCAAAGAGCCAAUUGCUUAGUAAACCUCUGAUAUCAAAUUCAGCGUCUCCUUUACCGAUACCACCUGCAAUCACUCGUAGCUUCUCAAUACCUACUAGCAACCUUAGAGCUGCAGAAUUAGAUAUGUCAAAGACUAGCCUGGGUACUCAAAAAUUGGGCAGUGCGUCGCCUCCUUUAACCCCAAUGUCAUUGGUCCAUCCACCAUCUGUUCUUCCUGAGCAUGCAGACCACCAAACAAUCUCCAAACAGGAGAUACUGCCGAAAGUGAGAUGA